AGUACUACAUUUCUUUUUUAAUCGAUUAGGAAAACAAAUCGAUUGGCCUCAGAUAGCGCUCCUCACUACGGCUCUUUUUUACGUCAUUGAAGUGUCAAAGUCAGUGACAUUGACUGUCAAAAUUUAAACAACACCGGUCGUUCGCGUUGUUUUGUGUUUGUAAAAUUACGAUAUUUUAUCCAGUUAUAUGUUUUAAUUACUUUAAAGUGUGAAUAAUUGAGUGAAUAAAAUAUAGUACAUAACCUAAAGAUGUCUUCUGACCGAAAUAAAGAAACAAGAGACGCUGUGAAACGUGAAAUAAAAGAAAUACAAGCGCGUUGUAAGCAUGAGUGGAAUGUUAUUGAUAAUUCACCUUUGGACGCGCCAAAUAUAGACUUGGAACAAAUCAACGAAAAAGCGCUUUGUUACAUCGAAGGUUUGGGUACUGGGAUUCAAAAUUCGAAUACUCCGAUCACGGCAGACGAUAACCUUCUUACCAGCCAGUUUCUGAAAGAGAUUAGAGAUAAAACUGGCCAGGUAGAAGAGUACACAGCUUUUGUGAGAGGCUCUAUACACGAUAUUGAUGCUGAGAUUAACAGACUACAAACCUUGAUAAAAAUAACACAAGAAGCGAAGGCCCGCCCAAUGCUGAACAAAUGUGAAGUGCAACCAGAACAUGUGCACAGAGCCAAGGAGAGGUUCCAGGUGAUGAAGAAUGAGCUGCACGGCCUCAUACACUCAUUGUUUCCCAACUGUGAUAGUUUGAUCAUUGAGACCAUGGGGCAACUUAUGGCUGAGCAUCUGAAUGAAGAAUCAAAUGGAUACAUACCAGUUACAGCAGAGACAUUUCAAAUCAUUGAAUUACUGAAAGAUAUGAAGAUAGUUACCGUCAACCCAUACAAUAAGUUGGAAGUGAAAUUAUCAUAUUGAUAGCGGGAAUAUGAUUGAAAUUAAGUUAAUAUGGUUGCCAGUGACCAAUGAGACUAAUUAAAAAACAUAUGGUGUAAUUUAGUGUUAAGUUUAUUGUAAUAAAUGUUGUUAAAGUUUGUAAA